CCACACAUAGAGCUGUCACAUGUUAACUUGUAUCACUGAUUGCCUCAAGAGUUGCUUUUGAUAAACAAAUGCAUCAAUGAAUGCAUUUCUAAUAUCAAAACACACAUUUACAUACUGUGAAAAGAAAUACACAUUAACAAGUUACUAACACUGUCACCAUUUACAUCUUUAUAUCACUGUUGCUGUUGUUUCUGAUGAUGUUGUUUAUUGGCUUUGUUGUUGUUGUUGUGUGUGUUAUUUCAGAGGCGGCGGGUAAGGCGGUGGAAAGACAGAAAGCUCCAGCAGGUAAAAAGGUGGGUAAGGGUGCCAGCAGCAGCAUCCAGAGGAGCGUGGAGACAGGCAUGGCGGUGGAGUACCCGCGGGGGGGGUCCACCAUGAACCGGCAGGCCAGCAGAGAGUCCACUGACGGCAGCAUGAACAGCUACAGCUCAGAGGGGAAUCUGAUAUUCUCAGGUAUGCGGUUGGGGGCCGACAGUCAGUUCAGUGACUUCCUGGACGGGUUAGGCCCCGGUCAGCUGGUGGGCCGACAAACACUGGCCACGCCUGCCAUGGGUGAUGUUCAGAUCGGUCUGAUGGAUAAGAAAGGCCAGCUGGAGGUCGAGGUGAUCAGGGCACGAGGCCUUACCUCCAAAGCAGGCUCCAAAUCUCUCCCAGGUAACACAAACACACACACACACGCACGCACGCACGCACGCACGCACGCACGCACACACACACACACACACACACACAGGGAUAUAAAUACAGCACAUCUGCCUCAUGUCUGAUAUCACAACCGAA